AACAUUUCGCAUUAUAAAAAAAACUAAAAUAGUAUUUAGUAUUUAAGUAUUUUGCUCCUCGUUACCCAUUUUACACUUUAACUAAGUUCUUACAGUUGUAUACCUAUUUUAAAGUUAGAACUCUAAACUUGUCAUUAAUUGUGGUUUAUUUGUUUUCGAAAUCAUAAUUUUUGUAAUAAAAUUCUAAGAAAAAUCAGUCUGUUGAAAGUUAAAACAAAAUGUUAAAUUGUGUAACCAGUAAGUUGACGUUAUUUUGUCAUAGUAGACUACCAUCAGGCUUUAACAAUCUUCGAGGAUGUGUGGCACUAUUUGCUACACCCAAGACAGACUUCAGCACCUCUUCCAUAUUAGAUGGUACAAAGGAUGAUCCUAAGCGUUGGUUGGCGAAUAAUGAUGUUAUUUACCCACCACAGGAACCCGGGGAAGAGAGAAGACCGGCUUUUGUGUGUCACCAAAAAGUGAAUAUCAAAUACAGUCCCAAAAAAAUGUGGUAUGUUGCAAGCUUUGUGCGUGGUAUGUCUGUUGAUGAAGCACUUAAACAAUUACCCAUGGUCGGGCUUAAAGGUGCCACUAUAGUAAAAGAUACUAUUUUAGAAGCCCAACAGUUAGCAGUGGAAAAUCAUAACGUCGAAUUUAAGACAAAUUUGUGGAUUGCUGAGUCAUUUUGUAGUAAAGGUCCAGUUAUAAAAGGUAUGCGCAGACAUGCUAGGAUGCGAAUGGGUCAAAUCAUGUACAGGUACUGCCAUUAUUUUGUGAGAUUAGAAGAAGGUACACCUCCAGAAAAUUAUUAUUAUAGCUGGCCUAAGACAGGCCCAGCUUUGUUAGCCCACUGGGUUGAUGAAGUCCGUGACCGUAAAAUUCAAGGAUCAUUAUAAAGCGCAUUUAAAGAUAAAAACUAGUGGUAAGAAAUGUAUUUGUUUAUAAAUAUAUACUAAAAUUAAAUAAAAAAUGUUUUUAAACUUAUAAGAAUUAUGUGUUCAUUUUAUAUUUGUUUUAUUUGUAAAGCUGAUCUACAAACUGAAAUUCUGUGUAUAUUAAAAUAAAAUAAAAUAAUAAUUUAUACUCCAUUCACGUUUAAAAGGAAUCUUGGCGGCAACCAGUUCUUGUCAGGCAAUACGUAUUUGUCACCCUUACUAGGUUAACCAUUUGUGUAGUUAAGCCAGGCCCCUGCACUCAAACCUCCACCGAGGUUCCUUCUUAACUUGAAUGGAGUAUAUAUCAUUGAUAGACAAUUAUUUAUUAGCAUUUCGUAUUAUUUUAAAUUUGGUAUUGAUAAUUGUAUCUUAUACUUUUAUGGUUUUAUUCAUUACUAAACAUUGUGAUUAAUUAUACAAUUCAGACCAACUUA